AUGUUUCCAAUCGAUCUUGCCAAACUAGCCACCUUAUAGUCUAAGGUACAAAAUAAACUCAUACUGUUUAUUUAUAUAGACCUAACUUAUAAUUAUUCUUAUUUUCCUAAUAUUUAUGUUAGAGAUUAGAAUCGGACUUCAAGGUACUAGAGAGGAUAGGAAAGGGUGGAUUCUCUGAGGUUUAUAAAGUGAUCAACCUAUUGGAUAAAAAUACUUAUGCUUUAAAAAAAGUAUAGUGUGUUUUAUAUAUUAUUUUAGAUAGAACUCAAAUCUAAAGAUAUUAAAGAUAGUCUUGAGAAAAAUAUUGAAAGAGCAUAAAGAGGUAAAUUAAUUUGAUCAAAAAGUUCUUUAGAAGCCAAAUACUUAGCUCGUCUAUCUCAUCCAAAAAUUAUUAGAUAUUUCAAUUCAUGGGUUGAAGUUAUUCAAAAUAAAUCAGAAUAAAAAACAAUGAGAAAAUAAGAGUAAGAUUAAAAUGAUUUUGUUAUUGAACGAAAUAAUUUUAGUUUUUGUGAUUCAUAAUAAAAUUCAAAGAAUGAUCUUGAAAAUUUAAUUAUGUUUAAAGAUACUCAAAAUGAAUAAAUAAGUUAUUCAGAAUAAGAAAAUGAAAUAUAAUCAAUAUCUAGAGUUAAUAGAAAGAAAAAAAGUCACAAAAUUCAAAAUAAGAAAUCAACUAGUCAAGAUGAAAAAAAAUUAGAAUUUGAUAAAAUCAUAUUCUAUAUAUAAACAGAAUUUUGUUAAUAAACACUUGAAAACUAUUUGUAAUAAAGAAAUAAUGAAUUAAUGAAAUUUAAAAAAUAGAAUAUACAAAAAUAUUAAAUUUAACUAUAAGAAUAUGAAAAAGAGGCUAAACUUAUAUUAGAAUAAAUUAUUAAAGGAUUAGACUAUUUACAUAAUGAAUGUUAAUUAGUUCAUCGUGAUUUAAAACCAGGAAAUAUAUUUAUGAAUAGUCCAUAAGAUGUUAAAAUAGGUGAUUUUGGUUUAGUGACUAAAUUAAAAUAAUAUUAUGAUUUUGAUGAUUUGGAUAAUGAUAAUGAUAUUUGCACUAAAAUGUAUGCUGCUCCAGAAUAAAUCAUUUAAAAUAUAAAUAAAACAUUUUAUGAUUAAAAAAGUGAUAUUUAUGCUUUAGGAUUAAUAAUUUUGUUAUUAUUUCAUCCUAUAUCUACCUCUAUGGAAAUGAUUAAAGUAAUUAAUGAUGCCAGAAAAGGCAUUUUGCCAUCUAUUCUUAGAGAUAGACAUAUUAAAAUAAGUGAAAUAAUAAUUGAAUGUCUAAAUUAUGAUCCUAAACAAAGACCAAAUAUUAAUGAGAUUACAUUUUAAGAUUAAUCAAAUUCAUUGUCUUCAUCAAAGAAGAGCAGCAAUGAAUUUAAUAGUGAUACAACUGAUUAUUUUAUUAAAAAUAUUGGUAGUUGUUAAGUUUAAUUUGAGGAUGAUGAUAUUUAAGAGAAGUAAUAGUUUAUAAUAUUAUAAUUUAGAUAUUUGAUUUAUAAUAGUAGAUAAAUUUAGAUUUUCAAAAAUUAAAAAUGUAAAAAAGCUUAAAUGAUUUAUAAUCUUAAUGAAUGCAAUAUAUCUUAUAUUGAUAAUAAGAUUAUAAUUUAACAUAGUUAAUUAGAAAACUUUUCAUUUACAACUACACAUAAUUAUUUAUAAGAUAUUUAUGAUUAAUUAUGUGAACUCACUUAAUCAAUAAAUUGA